UUUACGUACUGUGUGUCGGGAAAUUAUAAAAAAUAGCGCAAUAAAUAAAAACAUUCUGUACUAAAGCAAUGAGUGCGACUACAAAAAGCAAAAAUAAUUUGCCAUCGGGCAUAAAAUGUUGCAUAAAAAAAUGCCAAAAAUCGAAAAGGCAUUUCAAGGGUUUAAAAAUGUUUAAAUUUCCUUCGCCGGACAUGAUACUAGGUAAAAUUUGGCGGGAGAAAUGUCGAAUUCCUGAGACGGAUUUUAAUAAAAAUCUUUUUAUAUGCGAAAAUCAUUUUUCAAGUUCAUAUGUUGGGAAAAAAAAAUUAAAGGCGGGCGCCAUUCCCACCGUACAUAUGGAUGAAGAGUCGGAAGAUUUUGACGCAGAGUCCAGGUACUCCCCAAAAAAAUUAGAUUUUGAAAAUGUCGAAGCCCCAUUAUGCACAAAUUGCGCAAAACAAAUUCUGCUUGUAGAUCAAUACAGGACAAAGUAUAGCAAUCUCCUAAAAAAAUACCAAAAAAUUCAAGAAAUUUUAAAAUCAAAGAGACCCACAAAAUCUGUCCGAAAGUUGAAUCGUAGGGAAUCGAUUGAUGCUUUACAAAAUAAAAGUAAAGAAAAAAAAAAGUUAAUCGCAGAAAUCCGAAAGAGGCCAGUACUAUGGGAUCUUCAAACUAAAGGAAAUUCUAGAGUUUUACAACAAACGUGGAAACAAUUGGGUCGCGCUAUGGGAGCAGAUGUUAAUGACUGCAAGCGUAAAUGGACAAGUUUACUGCUGGGUUAUCGAUUAGAAGUUAAGAGGUUAGAGUUACGUAUUAAAGAAGAUAAGUUGAAAGGUUCAUAUAAUCCUAAAAAAGAAUACAGAUCCAAGUGGAUGUUUUAUGAACUCAUGAAAUUUUGUGACAACAUUAAAAACCCAAGUCUCAUGGAACUUGGGAAAACAUUUGUUAAUGACAUUAAUAGUGACGAUAAUGACUCAAAUCAAGUUUCCAAAUUUCAAAAUAAUAAGAUGAAAGAAGUGUGUUUACCAGAGUGUUCACCUCAAGCUCCUGGCAGUGUGAAAUCAAAUAUUAGCGAACAAAAUUCAUCGAAAAACCAAGAGCCAGCAGAUAAACCAACGACUUCACAUUCGAAGUGUACUAAACGCUCUUAUGCUCAGGCGAAUUGCAUGGAUGAGGUCGAAAAGGAGAAGCAUAGCUUAAUAAAGUCCGCUAACGUGGAACCUGUUCCUGAUCUAGAGCCAGAAGUGUAUAUACCCGACCAUGAAGACGAUGACACUGACAGCCAAAUGUCUGGCAUGGAAUUUUUAAGCGAACAAAAUUCUCCUCAAAACCAAAAGUCAGCAGAUGAUAAAUCAUCGUCAACAGGUGUUUCAUUAGAGGAUAUUGAAAAGGAUGAGCAUAGCUUCACAAAAUCCGCUAAGGUGGGUGAGACUGACAGCCAAAUUUCAGAUUCCGACUAUAAUUUUUUGGUCAGUUUUUUGCCGAAAAUGAAAAAGAUUAAUGAGUUGCAAAAGUUACAGUUUCGUGCAAAAGUUGCCCAUUUGGCGUUGGAUAUUUCUACAAAAUGAAAAUUCUAAUAAUUACUCUAAGUUUGUUUGAAACUUUGUUUUAGUCUUUAAUAAUAAAUGAUUAAAAAUAUCUUUUCUUAAUAAAA